AUGCGUGGUGAUUUCAACAGCAGUUCUAAUGAGGAAAAUGAAGGCCAAAGAAUAGUUGUCGGCAUAAUGAACGAGACUCAUCAAAGUCAGACAAGGAAUCAAAAAGCACGGUGGUACCUCUUCCAGCCGUCGUUACCUUCUAGAUCACGAGAGGUAACUAAUGCUAACAAUUACUUUCAACAGAGAGUAGAUUGCAGAAGUCAACCAGGGUUUACUCCUCAUCAAAAGGUUACAGCAGAAAUGAGGAUGUUGGUGUAUGGCAAUGCUGCUGACACGCUUGAUGAAUACCUUCGAAUGGGAGAGAGCACUACAAGGGAGUGUUUGAAGAAAUUCUGUGACACUAUCAUGCGCAUCUACGAAGCAGGAUUUCUUAGAAAACCAACACAAGAGGACAUUGACUGGCUCCUGCGAAAAGGUGUGUCUCGUGGCUUUCCUGGUAUGCUUGGUUCAUUAGAUUGUAUGCAUUGGGAAUGGAAAAAUUGUCCUAGUGGUUGGCAAGGACAAUUUGUUGGCCAUUACCACUGUCUAACUAUUGUCCUCGAGGCAGUAGCCUCAUAUGACACUUGGAUUUGGCAUGCAUUCUUUGGAAUACCUGGUCCCACAAUGAUAUAUUUGUCCUGGAUUGCUCUCUUGUUUGAUGAACUUGCUGAAGGUCAUGGUCCUACUGUUAACUAUUUUCUUAAUCAAAAGCCACAUAUAAUCGGAUAUUAUCUUACAGAUGGUAUACAUCCCUUAUGGGGUACGAUUGUGAAAUCAAUAUCUCGGCCUCAAAUUAGAAAGCUCAAGUACUUUGCUACUAAACAAGAAAAAUAUCGCAAGGACGUGGAGAGAGCUUUUGGGGUUCUCUAA